AUGGCUAGCUGCUACAAUGUUGUAGUAGCUACUUGGAAUGUUAACUACUACAAUGCUGUAGAAGCUACUUUGACGGCUAGUUGCUACAAUAUUAUAGCAGCCCUAUGGAAUGUUAACUGCUACAACACUGUAGCAGAUACUUUGACAGCUACUUUGACGGCUAGCUGCUACAACGUUGUAACAGCUACUUGGAAUAUAAACUGCUACAAUGGUGUAAUAGUUACUUUGAAUGGUAACUGCUACAAUGAUGCAGUAAGUACUUGGAAUGUUAACUACUACAAUGGUGUAGCAGCUACUUGGAAUCUUAACUGCUAUAAUGGUGUAGUAGUAACUUCGAUGGCUAGCUGCUACAACAUGAGUAACAGUUACUUCAAUGGAUAG